GUUCAUACCAUCAUUAAAUGCCAUCCUGGCUGUUACGGCGUUUUUGUUGUUGUUUAACCCCUCGUCUCCUCCCCCUUUUCUAGAUCUCGUCGUCUGCUUCUUUCUCGUCUUGCGCAGUUUUGUUCCUCGCUUCUUGCCUCCCCAUGUGACCCAAGACCGCGUCGGUGUUCUUUGCUCUCUUGGCUGCUCGCUUUUGCUAGGUCGCAGAGUGGAGGGAGAUGGGCGUUUUCAGCACUGUGCUGGGUUUCUUCGGGUUUGGGGUGGGAGUCACCAUCGGGCUUGUGAUUGGGUACUUCCUCUUCAUCUACUUCCAGCCCACUGAUGUGAAGCACCCUUUAAUCAGGCCAAUUGUUGAGCUUGAUACAAAAUCAUUGGAAAGCAUGCUUCCCGAGAUACCUCAUUGGGUGAAAAAUCCAGACUUUGAUCGGAUCGACUGGCUAACCAAAUUUGUUGAGCAUAUGUGGCCUUAUCUUGACAAGGCCGUAUGUAAAACUGCAAAGGAAAUCGCUAAACCAAUUAUUGCUGAGAAUACUGCAAAAUACAAGAUUGAUUCAGUUGAAUUUGAGACGUUAACAUUAGGUUCACUACCACCAGUGUUUCAAGGUUAGUCAUCUGAUGUUUAAGUUACCGAGCUU